AUGCCCGCCUCCAUCGGCUUGGCCAUGCGCAUAGGCAUGUUCUUGUCCAACCUCAGCUCCACGUCCACAUGCGGGAGCGUGACCAAGAGCAUCGAGACGGAGACAAGGUCGCUCAUGGGCGUAUUCGAGCUUUACUGCAUGGACAACAAGAUAAACCACUUCUGGAACAACAGCGGGGGCGAGAGCGACAGCACGGAGAUCAACAAGGGCUAG